CACGAAGUCUCACGAGACGUCUAAACAAGUAACAUAUUUUUAAUGCUUAUUUUUAAUGUUUAAAUACUCAAAUCGUGUGGUGUUUAGUGGUCUGGACAGUUGAAAACGUCACAGCAUGCCUUUUUUAAAGAAACCUCAGACUACUGAACCCCUUGUAAAAGUAUGGGACAAAAAAGCCCAGAAAUGUGGACUGCACCACACCGUCUAUUCAGUCAACGGAGAUCAGUACAGUGGCGAGUGGUUGGACAAUAAGAAACAUGGAAAAGGAAUGCAGGUUUGGAAGCAAGCAGGAAUAAUCUUUGAUGGGGACUGGAGUUGUGGAAAGCGAAAUGGAUUUGGACUUCUUGCCAAGUUUGACACUGAGAAGAAAGAAUAUGUGAGGACAUAUGCAGGUUAUUGGAAGAAUGACAAGAAAGAGGGUGCUGGGACGUAUUUCUACGGUCCAUCUGCUUUUUAUGAGGGGCAUUGGAGUAAAGAUCAGAGAGCUGGAUGGGGAAGAAUGGAGUAUGAAAACGGUGAUGUGUAUGAAGGCCAGUGGCUUGAGGAUAAGCAUCAUGGACAGGGUGUGCUGUUUCUGGCAAAUGGAAACCGCUACGUGGGCAUGUGGCGGGACGGAAAGAAGAAUGGCCGUGGCAAGUUCCUCUAUCUGGACAGAGGUCAGCUGUAUGAAGGCUUCUGGGUCGAUGGUGUUGCCAAGUGUGGAACACUGACUGAUUCUGAGAGAGAAGCAGCACCCAGUCCCACUAUCUAUCCAAUUCCCAAGGUUUGCUUACUGGAUCCACAGUCUGUAUUGAUGGAAGCACAAUCAUAUUUGACUGAGAACGAUGAAAAAUCAACAAUAGCAUCCUGACAGUAUUGUGUCUCUUGAACUCAAGAUGGG